CCCGCGCCGCCCCCUGGCCGAGGCUCCCCGCCGGCGAGCCCGAGCACGGCCCGCAGCUCGCGGCGCGGCGCGGCGGCACGGGGCCCCGGGAAAGUUCCCGGCGCGAGCGCCGAGAUGCCGGGCAGCGACACGGCGCUCACCGUGGACCGGACCUACUCCGACCCGGGCCGGCACCGCUGCAAGAGCCGGGUAGAACGUCAUGACAUGAAUACACUAAGCCUUCCCCUGAACAUCCGCCGAGGCGGGUCGGACACCAACCUCAACUUUGAUGUACCAGAUGGCAUCCUGGACUUCCACAAGGUCAAACUCAGUGCGGACAGCCUGAAGCAGAAAAUUCUAAAGGUCACAGAGCAGAUAAGAAUCGAGCAAACGUCCCGCGAUGGGAAUGUCGCAGAGUAUCUGAAACUAGUCAGCAGCGCGGACAAGCAGCAGGCUGGCCGCAUCAAGCAGGUCUUUGAGAAGAAGAAUCAAAAGUCGGCUCAAUCCAUUGCCCAGCUGCAGAAGAAGUUAGAGCAGUAUCACAGAAAGCUCCGGGAGCUCGAGCAGAAUGGGGCCCCCAGGAGCUCAAAGGACAUUGCCAAGGACAACCUGAAGGACAUCCAGCCCUCUCUGAAGGAUGCCCAGGCCAAGGCUCGCACCGCUCCCCACAGCCUGGAGAGCAGUAAGUCGGGCCUGCCGGGGGUGUCCCUCACCCCACCCGUGUUCGUCUUCAGCAAGUCCAGAGAGUUCGCCAACUUGAUCCGGAAUAAGUUUGGCAGUGCCGACAACAUCGCUCACCUAAGAAACUCCUUGGAGGAGUUCCGGCCCGAGGCCAGCGCCAGGGCCUACGGGGGCAGCGCCACCAUCGUGAACAAGCCCAAGUACGGCAGCGACGACGAGUGCUCGAGCGGCACAUCAGGCUCCGCCGACAGCAACGGGAACCAGUCGUUCGGGGCCGGGGGCACUGGCACGCUGGACAGCCAGGGCAAGCUCACGGCCAUCCUGGAGGAGCUCAGGGAGAUCAAGGACACCCAGGCGCAGCUGGCCGAGGACAUCGAGGCACUGAAGGUGCAGUUCAAGAGGGAGUAUGGCUUCAUCUCUCAGACCCUGCAAGAGGAGACAUACAGGUACGAGCGACUGGAAGACCAGCUGCACGACCUCACGGACCUGCAUCAGCACGAGACAGCCAACCUGAAGCAGGAGCUGGCCAGCAUCGAGGAGAAGGUGGCCUACCAGGCCUACGAGCGGUCACGGGACAUCCAGGAAGCCUUGGAGUCCUGCCAGACUCGCAUUUCUAAGUUGGAGCUGCACCAGCAGGAGCAGCAAGCCCUGCAGUCCGACACCGUGAACGCCAAGGUCCUCCUGGGGAAAUGCAUCAACGUGGUCCUGGCCUUCAUGACUGUCAUCUUGGUGUGUGUGUCCACCAUCGCCAAGUUCAUCUCGCCCAUGAUGAAGAGCCGCUUCCACAUUCUCGGCACCUUCUUCGCUGUGACUCUCCUGGCAAUAUUCUGUAAAAACUGGGACCAUAUCCUGUGUGCCAUAGAAAGGAUAAUAAUACCAAGAUGAAGCCGCUGGUUCCUGUUCUCACAUUCUUUCAAGUUUUUAUUUUGGAGAAAACUCUGUGCAUACUCCCAGAUUUUAAAAUGAACGUUUGUGGCAACGGAAGAUUACAAGGGCCGGGGCUGUGCGUUGUAAAUAACUACAGUUGUCUUCACUCGGUAGCACUUGCCAGCUCGGUCCCUGUACGUGGUUACCAUGAAUCUGUUUCCAUGCUCUCACCACGUUGCUCACUGCCUUAAUCAGACUAGGUUUCCUGCCCACCUGCCCAGUCCAGCAUGGUCAGCCUCUGGUUGUUGAGCAGUUGGUGUAAUUAGUGACCCAGAAGGGAUUUUCAAUCUCUCUCUCUUAAGUCUCUGUCAAAAUUGAGCUGCACUCUUGCUGGCGGUUGUGUUUUCCCUGAGUCCUAUAAGCAGCGAGGAUGUGGCGUGACUUGGGGAGGGGAAAAAGCAUAGGCGUUGCCCAUGUGAGCACGUGUGGCCCCUGGAACCACAGUAAAUCCCGUGUAAUCUGUCCCACUGUUCACUGAUGACCAUAGGUCCCAUGUGUGCCCGGUGUCCACAGUGGUCAACUGUUUGUGACUCUCUAUCACUUAGAAAUCUUAUAACACACCUGUUGAUCCAUCAAAAGUCUAACUUAAGUGUUCGGUUUCUCUUUAAAUGGUAAGACAUGAAGAUUUAUGAAUGGGCCUUACCUUCUUACACCCAGGGAGCCACACUCGUGAUUUCACAUUCACUGGCUGUCUUACGCACCACCUUCAAGGCAUGUAGAGAUGCUUCCAAGUACCUCUUCAAACUGUGGCUUUAACAUUAAAUUGGUGUCUGACAAGCACUACACCGGAGGUUUGUGUUUUGGCACAUCUUCAUUGUGAUACGCCCCUCUGCGGAUGUGAUUCACUUUCUGUGAUUCACUUUAUUCGGUCUUUGAGGGAUAGCAAAGCUUACUCAGUAAAUGAAAAAGGAUGCUCAUGUUGCAAGGUUUUUGUUUCUCUUCAAGAAGGACAACAGAAUCGUAGCUUAUAAAGCUAAAGUGCCCUGAGGUAGGUACACUGGAAAAGGGGAAGAAAAUAUGACGCGUGGUCUAACCGGGUGACAGCUAGAUGAGUGGGUGCAGCUCACCUGGAUGAAGAUUGAGAGAGGGUCCUCGUCAGACCUUGAAAGACCAGCAAGAAUAAAAUAAAUUAGAUCCAGUGUCUGAGCCAAGGUUGCCAUCUCUCUCUUAGGAUAAGUUCUGAGGUAAUACAUGGAGUGGCCACACUUCCACUCCAUGGAAAGUCAACGUCUUUGGUCUGUUUGGGGGAUGCCAUUCACUAUCAUGAACCCAGAUAAUAUUUUCCUUUGAAUCUGUUUCUCUGCGUAUAUAACAAAAAGGAAGCCCUAGAAGAAUUUAAUGGAAACUGUUGUUCAGCCCCUUCUCACACCAGCUGUUUUGUUGUCUGAAGGCAUAAAGAAGCAUGUUAGUGUACAUUUUCUUCCAGAAAACAUCAAAUUGCCCGGAUUUAAAUUUUAAGUGUAAUAUUUUGCAAAUAGCUGCUCUUAGGGAAAUCUCCUGUAAAAAAAAUGUGACAUAAGCCAUGGUUUGAGGGAACGGGAUAGUCAGGCGUUUGGUACAAGUCCAGUGUGGGUGAGGCUCAUACAACUUAAGCUUGCUUUUUUUUUUUUUUUUUUAAGUUUACAAUUCAGUGGUUUUAAUUAAUUCACACUUAGGCAACUAUCAUUACUAUCUAAUUCCAGACUUGAGCUUUUUAAAACAAUAAACAUCAUUUCACGAAACCUUUGGCUUAAAGUAUCUUGCAUUCAGGGAAGAGGGAGUUACAAUCCCACCCCAUCUCACGGCUGUGUCCCCUUUCACUGCCAGGCUCUCCCCUGGUCUCCCAAGUUGGCUGUAAAUACACUGUGGUCCAUCCACUCCAGGGAACAGAAACAGGUUGCAGAUCCAGGGAAGGGAGAGAGGAGCAAUGUUGUGCUGCUUUUUGCUUUUCCGUUUUCAUGGCCAGCGUUCCCUGUUGUCUGUGGGCGUCAGUCUCCACGUGGGCUGAGGGCCGGGCGUAACUUAGGCCCUUGAAUCAAGAUGGCUCCUGGAUGGGCUCCUCUUGAUUUCUGUGCACAUUUCUGAGGCACUUUGGAGAUGCCAG